CGCGCCCCGCCCGUCCGCGGCGCGGGACGAACCGCCGCAGCCGCCGAGCCCGGCCGGCGCCGCCCCGUCGGGCCCGGCCGGGAACAUGGGGAUGAGGACGCAGAACCGAGGCAGGCGGAGCCAAGUUAAAGCGAAUGAAUGCUCAGCUCUUGUCAUUCCCAGAUGUGGUCCAGCAAGUCCAUUUAAAGGACACUUAAGUAAUAAAAGUAAUGCUUUCUGCAUUGGCUCCUCUCGAAAUCUAACGAACCAAUACCUGAUCAGAGAUCACAUGAUGGUUCAUUAUAACAGAAUUCUUGCAGCUAAAGCAGCUGUAGACUCUUCAUUACCCAAAAGUAGGUUGACCAGCAUCAAAUUUGCUGACCAGCAAAGAAGAGAGAAACUGAAAAAGAAGAUAGCCAAAUGUGGAGAGAAAACAAGAGUCUGUGAAGCUCCAUCCUGUCCAAGAGACAGUGGAAGGCUGCUACCAUCCUCUUUUAGAAAGAGUCUCUUGGAAGCAGAAGACAAUCUCUCACCCUCUGCUGGCCAGGCACAGUACCUACCAAGGGCAUCAUCUCCUUACGGCAAGAAUUGCUUGGUUCACUCCAGUCCAGUAAAAUGCACCAGGAAAUGUUCUUGGGAUACAUGCGGGAUACGUGCGGCACUUUACUCACACUCCAGUGUCUGCGUGUCAAGGCCACCAGAUAAAUGCUCUGCACUUCCACGCAGUCACUCCAUCGAGAGUUUUGUGAGUGUGAAAUGCCAGAGGUGCCACGGAAACCACCCCAGAGCCAGCGGCGGGGAUCUUCUAGAGAGGCACUCUGAGUACUUCACUAGGAGCCGAAAACCUUUUACUCCACGCACCUUAAUAUCAGAUGCUAAACCUUUCCUGUCACAGUACAGGUUUUACACUCCUGCUCAAAGGAAGAAGAAAACUCACCGCAAGCAGCGUGUGGAAGCUCAAACACAGACUGAUAUGACCAGCUUUCCAUCUUCAGACAAAGUGCAUGUGAGAAAAGUUAUGGGUGAAAACCAGAAGAUCAAAUCAAAGGCUGAAGAUAAAAGAUAUACUUUGGAUGAACCUGAGAGAGGAGUAGAUGAUUUUGAACACUCCAUCCUAAGAGAGCCAUCAUGGUGUCCUCAGAAGUCUUCACCAAAGAGAACUGUUGAUGAUGAAGAAGAGGAGCUGUUGUAUUUAACUUUCAUUGAAGAUGUAACAAGUGAAAUUCUUAGACUUGGCUUAUUUUCUGACAGGGUUCUGGAUCAACUGUUUGAGUGCCAUAUAGAAGAGAACAAGAACCACCUUGAUGAGGGCAAAAUGCGCCAGAUGUUGGAUGUGCUGAAAUCAGACCUUGGCUGCAGCCAGGACAGCGAGACAGAGCUAAUCCAUGCAGGUCAGGAAGCCUCGGGCCCAGUGGAUCUGCAGGAGUUUGAUACAACAGAAGAGCUUGAGUGUACCAGUAAAUGUCACAGGCUGAGGAAAGCUACAAAAAAAGAAGAAUUCCUUGAGACCAUGGACUUGUUAAAGAAACCAAACAAAUGUGAAUCACUGCCACAAAGCAGAAGGCCAAGGGAGGCACGGGGCAAGGAGGACUUCUCAGAAGAUACCACAGAAAUUAUGAGUGCUGGGACUGAGUCUGAUUUCUGUGGUGUGGAAUUUGAACUCCCAGACACUUCACCCACCUGUGAGGCAGCUUUACAUUUACUUGCUUUUGACAGUAAUUUGGAAGUCAAUGAGAAACUUGAUGAACUUGGGGAAAGCUUUGCAGAGGCCCUUCACAUUUCACAUAACUAUUCAUAACUGUAACCAAAACUUACCUGUUAAACAGGGAUAGAGCUCCUUCUGUGGUGAAAUGCCAUUUUUCAACCAGUAGUAAAUUGUUCCGUUUAUUUUCAGUUAUUUCUGUUUAAAUACUGCUAAGAUCUCUGUAGCAGGAUACUGUUAAUUGGGCAUUAAUCUCUAUGUAAAUUAGACCUUAAAGGAUAAACAGGUAUCAGAAGCAUUUUGUGUAUUUUGCCCAUAGUUGUAUAACUCAAAACAAACUUGAGAAUAUUAAAACUAGAUUUAUAUUUUUAGGGCUGUAAUAAUAAGUUAUGAAAUAUUUAUUGAUUUAAGUAAAUUAAUUGAUAGCACAGCUGUAGUCCUGCUAUAAAGAUCUGAGAUGUUGUAGUCUGCAAGAAUUCAACAACUUAACAUAAAUGUAACAUCAAACAAUGUCCUCUUCCAGAAUGGACAAACAGUUCCACCAUGCAGUGUACUAUGUUACCCCUCACAGAAGCCCACAAAUGAAAAAUCAAACUAUUUCAUGAGAAGAAAAUCCAAAUUUUUACUGAUCUAUGUAGAUUAACAACUGCAGUUUUUUAUUUUCAGUUCUUAACUGAAGGAGACUGCUAAGUUCAAUUUCUUGCACUGAUGACAGCCAUGGUAUAGCAUUCUGCAUCAAGCUUUGGUUUUGGAAAAGGUUUGAAUUGCUUACUGUUUGAUGACUAGGACUGUGUAGAAGAAGACACAUCAGGCACCUUGUACAGCAAAUGGAAAAGAGGUGGUGUAUUUUCUGGUUUAAAUUGAAGUUAGUACAUGCAUUGCAUCAUGAAAUUAACCCAAAUGUCAUUGUUUAAUCAGUGUACAGCUACUGCCUGACAUUUCCAUUGCUGCAGAAUGAUCUUAACAGGUUCUGAGGAAAUGCUGGCAAGUUGCAUUGUCUUGCUGUAGAUGAGGAACUAGGAGAAGUCUUAGGAACCUGGAUAAAAGCUGUCCUUUAAUAUCUCCUAGGGUCAGUUUCUAACCCUCCUCCAAGGACAAGCCCAAAUUGUACCAGUUCUUACAUAACAACUGCCACCACCUGCCUCCCCUGUGCCUUGUGAGCAUCAACCAAGGUCUGUGACUCCAUCAGCCAGAUGACCCAUUGCAGCUUAAAGGAGCUCCAACAGACACAGACCACUGCUUCACUUAUGAAGCAUAAACUUUUAGACAAAAAGGAAA